AUGCACCACGACUGCGUGCCACCAAUUGUGCAUCGAGACAUAUCAAGCAAGAACAUUUUGCUGGAUUCUGAAUAUGAGGCCUGUGUCUCAGACUUUGGCACUGCAAAGUUUUUAAACCCAGACUUAGCCAAUUGGACUGCCCUUGCAGGCACAUAUGGGUAUGUAGCACCAGAGCUGGCUUAUACAAUGGAAGUGAAUGAGAAAUGUGAAGGCAUUGGAGUACUAGCAUUGGAAAUUAUUAUGGGAAGGCAUCCAGGAGAUCUUAUCUCAUCUUUAUCAUCCGGGCCAUCAUCCUCCUCUACACCACUGCCUGCCCAUCAAAUGCCAAUUGUGGAUGUUCUGGACCAACGCAUUUCCUCUCCUACUGAUGAAGUACCAAAGGAAGUGGCUUUGGUUCACUUUUAUCCCCUCGCCGGCCGACUAAAUGGCCCUGCUUCCAUAGACUGCAGUGAUGAAGGGGCUUAUUUUCUUGAGGCCCAAGUCAACUGCCAGCUCUCGGACUUGCUUAAUCUUCCUGAACACGGCUUACUCAACAACCUCAUCCCGGAGUUUGAUCCUCAAACUGCCCAUUCCGCCUUAGGUUCUGCAGUUUUGGCUGUCCAAACGAGUCAUUUUAACUGCGGAGGAAUCGCUCUUGCUGUGUCGCUGUCGCACAAGAUCGCAGAUGCAACCUCAUGUCAAAUAUUUGUACGAGCAUGGGCAGGCAUACAUCGUGAUAAUGGAUCUGAUAGUCAACUAAUGGUACCACAGUUUAACGGAGCAUCUCUGUUGCCGGCUAAAGACUCCUUCGUAAACAAUUUAGGGCUACCAAAGUUCCAAAGUUUAACUACUAGGAGGUUCGUGUUUGAUGUCACGAAGAUUGCCACUCUCAAGGCUAAAAUUGGAGGUACAAACGUACAACUUGUUUCAGCAAUCAUCUUGAAAAGUGCUCGUGCUGCUUCUUAUCAAUCUAAACAGGAGACGAGUUCAAGUACAGCAGUGUUGUCGCAAAUGGUAAAUGUCCGUAGAAGUAUGGGUUCGUUGGUAGAAAAUGCCAUGGGAAAUUGGUUUUGGCCGCUUCAAGUGAUAUUCAAACCAAACGAGACGGAACUACAUGAGUUGGUGGCAAAUAUGAGGAGAGAAAUAGCAAACUUCUACAAAGAGAAGGCGGGCAAAUUCAAAGGGGAAGAUGGGUUCUUGGUGAUGUCUGAGUCGUUUAGAGAGAGGGGCGAGCUUUAUAGAAACACCAAGGGACGCAUCAGUGUUUAUAGGGCCACUAGUUUGUGCAAGCUCCCUGUAUAUGAAAUUGAUUUUGGGUGGGGAAAACCAACAUGGGUUACUAGCCAAAGCAACCAGAAGAACAUAUUUGUGUUGAUUGAUACAAAACGUGGCGAUGGGAUCGAAGCAUGGGUGACACUCGAUGAAGAAGAAAUGGCCAUAUUUGAGAGUGAUGAGGAGCUCCUUUCGUUCACUUCUCUAAAUCCCAGUGCUAGUGUCAAUCGUCAUUCUCGUAUGUGA